AUGCGGACGAAAAAAGUCGCCAUCAUCGGCGCCGGUCCAGCAGGCCUCGUCACAGCCAAAACUCUCUUACGUAACUCAUCCGCACAAAUAUACGAGCCCAUAAUCUUUGAUGCGCGAGAUAAUGUCGGCGGACUCUGGGCACGUGCAGUCUCCUCCUCCUCCUCCUCCUCCUCCUCCUCCUCCUCCUCCUCAUCCUCCUCGUCCUCGUCGUCGUCGCUCGAUUCCGAGACCGGUGAUGAUCGCGAUCACAAUGUAGACUCAGACGCAGAUGCAGAUGCAGAGCCCCGCGUGACGCUCAAUCCCAGCAUGAGGACUAAUUUAAGUCGGUUCAGCGUCGCAUUCUCGGAUUUGUCGUGGGAGACUGCGCUGGGCUGUGCAGAUCCGCCUAUGUUUCCGCAGGCGAGACAGGUUGGUCGGUAUCUGGAAGCGUAUGCUGAGCGGUAUAUUCCGGGGGGAUGUCUGAGAUUGGGAUCGCGGGUGGUUCAGACGGAGCGGGUGCAGGGAAGGGAUGGAGCUUGUUCUUGGAAGGUUUACUGGGUGGAGGAUCUGUGCAGUUCGGGUGUUUUGAAGCUUACACGAUCAAGGAAGCAAGAUACGACUCAACAGAGCUGUUCUGUCAGUCACGACGUCAAAGUAGAGACCUUUGACUUGCUUGUCAUUGCAUCUGGAUACUUUGCUCGUCCGUGGAUCCCAGACCUACCCGGCAUGUCACAAUUUACUGGAAAAGUCAUUCACAGCUCAGCCUUGGGAAAACAGUCGGAAUCUGCUGCGGUAGGCCAGUCACACACUCUCGUGGUCGGUGGCAGCAUGUCUGGCGUCGAGGCAGCAUCUACCCUCGCUCUUCGACAAUCCUCACUCUCUUCCUCCAUAGCUCCCUCGCCACCAGGCAAGUCUCAACACCAGAAGACGACAAUUACUCAUGUGCACUCACGUCCAUUCUGGUGUCUACCCUUGUACCUCCCGGAAGACCGUCCAUCUGGUACUUCCUCCUUUCUUCCCCUGGACUUGGCCAUGUAUGAUCUAAGUCGUCGACCGCCGGGUCCGGUCGAAUACGCAAUUGGAUCUCUGUCCGAAGAGAAGAUGGCCCAAACAAAAGCAUACUUUGAUGCACUUCUCGGAUCCGAUUAUGAGCGCUAUGGGCAUUCUCAUCCCCAGCAGGAGGAUGCUGAUGAGUCUUCAAGCCAGAAAAACAGAUCCCAACCAGAAUGGGUAGCAAUAAGCAAUGACUAUGCCGAGUUUGUGCGGUCUGGAAAUAUCGAGCCCAUCACCGGCCGUGUGCUAUCUAUCGAGCCAACGGACUCCGCUACGGACAAGGCCUCGGUCACCGUCCAGACCGUCCACGGAAGCCGAACACUUGAAAAUGUGACCACGAUCAUUAUGGCGACGGGGUUCUCACCGUUUGACUCUCUAUCCUUCUUACCCGAAGAAGUGCUGGCAGGACUCGAAAUUGACCACCGAGAUCCAUGCAUCCCCGUGAUUCUAGACCAAGGAUCCACCAUACGGUCAGAGCUUCCCGAUCUGGGCUUCGUCGGCUUCUAUCGCGGUCCAUACUGGGGCGUCAUGGAGAUGCAAGCCCGCUACCUGGGUCGAGUUUGGGCAACGGGGGACAAGACACUCGGCGAAAUGGGAUCUCGAAUGCAGACUCUGGAUCAACGAAAGACCCUACGCUCACUUCGAAACCCCAACAAUAACGAGGUCCCCCGUGCCCAAUUUCCCAUGGGUGACUAUGUCGGGUUGAUGGAACACUUUGCGAGAGAAUUGGAGAUUGAACGUAAAUCCUUCUCGCCAAGUGACAAUGAUGGAUCUGGGCCGGUCGUGCCUGCUCGCUAUACGGUCGGGGAGCGAAACGAUGAAACGAAGCGAACAUUGGACGAUCUAUGUGCCAUUCUUGAACAUAACCAUCCAGCAACACAGGCAGCUACAUCCUUGGCUGUGUUCAGAGCAUUGCAAGGAGAGUGGGAGAUUGUGAGCUCUCCAGACGCAGGGCCCAUUGACUCAGAAGAAGAUACAACAGGACCAGAAGAACAAGCCCAAAAGACCGAAGAAGUAGGAAUCACUGACACGAUUGUGUUUGUGCCCCGAUAUCCAUCAGACCCCUCGCACGACCGUGAAUACAUUCUCCAAAGACAACCUCCAAGACCACGCGACACUCUCCCCACAACCAUGCAAGAUCCAAGUCCAGAUCCCUUAAGCCACGGCACAAUCCUCCGUGUCUCCGAGUCCGGCGCAGCAUCACACGCGUCCCAAAUCGAAAUUCUUCACGAAAGUCGCUGUGGACCCUCCCAACUGAGCCAACACCAUACUUGGCGUCUAGAGCUGGCUCGGCGGUCCCUCGGGGAAAAAGAUGGCGAGUCCGUACUUCACGGCCAGACCGUCCCUCUCAGAGAAAACGACGAUCCUAUUGCCGUGAAAACACACUGCGAGUAUACUUUCUACUUUUGCGGAGUGUCGAUCGUGAAGUGGGAGGUUCGUCUUUGUCCCAUGGGGGACGAGCCCAGAAGGCGAAACUCCGGUGAACCUCAGUCUCUGGGUUACGAGGUUGUUUCUCAAAAUUUGGGUGAAUCAACACGCGUAAGGCUGGAAAGACGCAAAAAUUAA